UAAAUUAACAAAAAUAAAAUUCAUGCGAGAAAGUUGACGGUGACGCCUACUUUUACUGCUUAUAAACACCAGUUUUUGCAUAUAUUUCCAAAUUUUUCAUCGUUGUAUGGUAGUGGAAAAAAAUACUUAAUAUAUCGUGAGUAAAUUAAGCCGAUUUUUCGUCGUAUAAACGCCUGGCCAGAGGAGAAAUCGCCACGUCUCGUUCUUACUUGUGAAAGUCGUGCUCGUCUUUCUCGCCUCUUUCACUUCGACCUCAAUAUCGCAGACACGCUCUCGGCAGGUGAAAUGACCACCACUGGGGAGAAAGUGGAUCCAAACAAUCAGCUGUAUAACUUGACUUGGGGCGACUUCAGCUCGUCCCUGGCCAGUUCUAUUCAGCAAUUUCGCACUCAGGGUGACCUCGUGGAUGUUACCCUCUCAGCCGGAGGCCGCAGUUUCCCUGCACACAAAAUCGUGCUCUCCGCUGCUAGUCCAUUCCUUCUUGAUCUCCUAAAGAAUGCUUCAUGCAAUCAUCCAAUUCUUGUCUUAGCUGGUGUCAGCCCCAAAGAUAUGGAGGCCCUGCUCGAGUUCAUUUAUCACGGGGAGGUGAGCGUUGACCCUGACCACCUUCCAUCUCUGCUACAGGCCGCCCAGUGCCUCAGCAUCCAAGGACUAGCACCAGGAGCUCUGCAUCCAGAUAUUAAGUUUGAGGAAACAAAUCAGUUCAUUUCAAAGGAUGCCAUUAAUAUGCUAUUUGCUUCUAAAUCUAAGAAGAAGAGCAAGAGGAAGUCCAAUGACUCCCAAUCAGGACAUGGGCAUAAGAAAAAGCGAUCUUCCGAUGCUGAGAAUUCAACUGCCCACAAUGUAGCUUGCAACCAAAUAGCUUUCAACAGUGAGAAUUCUUCUGACGAAACAAGCAGCGUUUCAGGAGGUUCAAAAAUAAGAGGGGCGUCCGACCAACCGACCUCAUGCCCUUUCUGUGGUGCAACCCUUCGUCAGGCACGCAAUCUCCGCCGACACCUGGAAAUGCUCCAUUUCGGAGUGGGCAAAGUUCCAGCAAACAUCGAACUUGGGGAAUCACAGUCAUCCAACUCUCCGGCUCCUCUUUCUUCGGACAGCAGCUCAACUCUGGUUGUCCUUCCCUCAGCUCUUUGCCAACCUGUUAUGGAGGCAGCCGAACCACCCCCACUGCCUCCUCCGCCUGUGACAAGCUUGGUACCUGAUGUUUCUGCUUGCUUGCAGCCAGCAUCAACUGUGGCAAGCAGUUUUUUCAGUUACUCCCAUCCUGAAAGUUUGAUUGACCCCCAUCCGAGUGCGUUCAGAGGAGUUGGAAUCAUCCCUCGCCCCGACCCAGGCAGCCAUUCUGAAGUAUAGGGAUGGGGGGCCAUGUGGUUACUGGCCGGGGUCAUCAAGAGGGCGUGGGAGUUAGUUCUUCACACGCACCGCAGUGACAAAAAUUACUGCUGACUACUGAAGUGUUAAUUUUUAUGAAUAAAUAAAUGGAUUCUGUGUGGAGCCGAAAAGGGUGGACAGUGAUCAAUACUCAAUAUUUGUGUGUACAAUUUUCUGUAUUAUAUGUAGUUACAUUAUUUAUUAAAUUUUCUCUCUGUAGGAGAUACUAUAAUAUAUUUAUUGAAAAAUAGCGUGUAAGACUCCAUCAUAAGUCUUAAUUAAUGUAGAAUGAUUACUACAAUAAAAUUUUU